AGGCGACGAUCAACCAUCGCUGCGGAGCAAGGCAGUCGCAGGAAGACAAGCGUGCGCGCAGCUCGCUAGUAUUCGCAACCUCCGUCGCGCGUGCGUGCUUACCUCAGUGCGGCUGUUUGUGUUCUCCAUGUUACGUGCAUAAUACAACAAAAUGAAAUUUCACAUUAAAUUUUUCGACUUUAUACCGGCGCGGUUCAACGUGGCCAUCAUGAUGUUCUUCGCGUGUUGGGUCAACUACAUGAUGCGAGUCAACAUGAGUGUCAACAUCAUCGCUAUGGUGCCCGAUGACAGUACUACUACUUCGGUGAAAAGCGAGUGCGAGGCCAUUGUGACAAACGACACUUCGUUGUAUAACAGUACCGUGGUCACCAAGCGAGAACUAAGACAGCCAGAUGGAGUGGUUACCUUCGAUUGGACAGCUCAGCAGCAGGCUUACGUGCUGUCCGGAUACUUCUGGGGGUACUCCAUCUCCUGCCUGGUAGGAGGAACCGCCGCCGAGUUCUGGGGUCCAAGGAAGCUGGUCUUCGUCACCAUGCUGUUGAUCGCCAUCCUGACUAUCUUGAGUCCUCAGGCAGCAAGAAUACAUUAUAUGGCACUCGUGGCUGUCAGAUUCGUCAGUGGAUUAGCAGCGGGAUUCCUGUUUCCUUCACUUCACGCAUUAGUGGCUCACUGGGCGCCUCCCCAGGAGAAGGGCAAGUUCGUGAGCGCUCUGCUAGGUGGCGCUAUCGGUACUGUAGUCACCUGGUCGCUAACAGGACCUCUUAUUGAAAACUUCGGAUGGGAUUACGCGUUUUAUGUUCCCGGAGCAAUCGCGUUAGUAUGGUGUUUCCUAUGGUGGUUUUUGGUUUACGACUCUCCAGUGCAACAUCCUCGGAUAUCUGACGCUGAGAAGAAGUACAUCCUUGAUGCUAUAGGCGACAAAGUUAACCAGAGUUCAACGGAGACUAAGGUCGUUCCUCCCUUCAGAAAAAUUUUGACAUCAUUCCCAUUCCUUGCGAUGGUGAUCUUGCACUACGGUAGCAACUGGGGUCUAUACUUCGUGAUGACAGCGGCUCCCAAGUUCGUGUCCAGUGCCCUCGGCUUCAACCUGACUUCCACCGGCACUCUCUCCUCCCUACCAUACCUCGCCAGAAUGAUAUUCUCACUCAUAUUUGGAGCCAUCGGUGACAGGAUCGUCAAACAAAACAUCGUAUCAACAACGUUUAUGAGGAAGUUCUUCUGUCUGUUCUCCCACGUGGUGCCUGGUCUGCUCCUCAUCGGGUUAGGAUACACGGGCUGCGCACCCAUCCUAUCUGUAGCCCUAAUCACAUUCUCCAUGGGAUCCAACGGUGCGGCCACGCUGACCAACUUGGUGAACCAUCAGGACCUGGCACCUAACUUCGCUGGCACACUGUAUGGCAUUGCCAAUGGAAUAGGCAACACUGCCGGCUUCGUUACGCCGCUGGUCACUGCUCACUUCACUAAGAAUGGAAAUGGAUUCGCAGAAUGGCGGCCAGUGUUCAUCACGGGUGCGUCGCUGUACAUUGCGUCUGCCGGCUACUUCAUUCUGUUUGGCACAGCCGAGACUCAAUCCUGGAACUACAUCGCUCCCGUAGAAGAAGAAGAAGAAGACAAGAGACAGACGAAUUCCAACUCCACAACAGAUACAACUGUCACGAUCUCACCUAAGACAUAGGCCGAUAUAUAAGUAGUGCACACAAAUGCAACAAGUAACGCGUACAUAAGUCUGCAGAAUAGGUAUUUUUAUCCCUAAGUAGUAUUUAAGUUUGUAUUAUUAAAUCGCCAUAAUUAUUUAAUUACUUGAGCUACAAGAUGUCAAUAUAAGUACAUACAUUUUUGUUUUUGAUACUUUAGUGCUGCUAUCUUACUUCGACGUACAUACAUCAUCAACAGCCUGUAAGUGGCCACUGCUGACCAAAAGCCUCUUCAUACACAGAGAAGGUUUGAGCAUUAAUCACCACGCUUGCUCAAUGCGGGUUGGCGAUUUCAAAUUUAUAAUUAUAUGAAAUGAAAUUAUAAGCCCAGUACUUUUAGUACGAUUGGCGAUUUGUAUUAUUUUACCGAUCAAUUGUAACUUGUGGAUGUGUACUUUAGCUAUAUUAGCUUUAGAAUCGUUUUGAAAAUAUCGCCAGGCGGGCCAAAUGUAAUGAUGUUGACGAUGAUGUUACUAAAGAUGAAUUAUGAACAUGAAAGUACUGAUGGAUCAAUAAAUAAAUAAAAUAGAUUAAUGUCGUAAGAAAAUAAAUGUCUUGAUAACAUAAUAAUUUAUAUUGAUGAUUCAAUGGAGAUUCGAAAGCGUAUGGUCAUACUUAAAAUGUUAAUUGGAUUCGUUAUUUCGAUAGUGCUUUAUAAUAAUUUAUUAAUCGACCAGACAGACCUAAUACAAAGCGGGAGAAUUAUAAGAUGCUCUCUUUUAGUUGAUUCACACAAGUUCAUUAUAGCGAUGACUAACCAACCCGGGUUUCGGUUGCACUAGGUUGGAACUGCAGCGGUUUUGAACCGAUUGUAUGAAAAUCUGGUGCGGGACAAAGCCGCAAGUGCGGGCGCUUACCGCUUACUUAACCGAAUUAGUCCAGUCAAAUAAGGCAAAAUUAGGUAAGAAUCUCGGAAUGCGAGAUACCCAGCUGUAAUUUUGUAUAUACUUGUAUAUUGACCCCUAAAACUUGUCUCAAAACCUACAUAUGGUAGGGUGUAAGCAACCCUUAAAAUUCAGGGUCAAAGGGCCCAAAAAUCGUUUUUUUGCGGUUUUUUCGAAAUAUCUCAUUUCCUAUGGGUUUUUGGUAGUUGUAUUCAAUAGCAAUAUUGUGAAAUACAAAAUUUUCUACAACUUUUGUCUGAACUUUUUUUUUAUACGGUGAACCGUUUUCGAGAUAGAGGGCGGAGAGGGCGCGGUCACUGCAUCUCUUCAAAAAAUUUUUUUUUCGUCUAAUCUAUCCGUGAUGGUUGUCUAUGGAUAGGACAUUAAAAAAUACGUCAUGGUUCCUAAAACCAUUUUUCGUCAAAAUCAAUCGUUUGAAAGAUAGACGCUUCCAAAGUGGAAAAAUGAGGUCUAUAGAAUGUGUCCUGCCCUCUAACUUUUAAAAUAAGUUAGUAAGAAAACUAAAAAAAAUAUAUGCUGUAGAUUUUAAUGGAAACUUUCAAAGAAAAUUGGUUUGAACGAGAUAUCAUAAUUAGUUUUUAAGAAUUGAUACAUUUAAAAAAAAAACACACUUAAUUUUCCACUUUCUCAAUUCUUUUAAUCAAUUCUUAAAAACUAAUUAUGAUAUCUCAUUCAAACCAAUUUUCGUUGAAAGUUUCCAUUAAAAUCUAUAGCAUAUAUUUUUUUUAGUUUUCUUACUCACUUAUUUUAAAAGUUAGAGGGCAGGACACAUUCUAUAGACCUCAUUUUUCUACUUUGGAAGCGUCUAUCUUUCAAACGAUUGAUUUUGACGAAAAAUGGUUUUAGGAACCAUGACGUAUUUUUUAAUGUCCUAUCCAUAGACAACCAUCACGGAUAGGUUAGACGAAAAAAAAUUUUUUGAAGAGAUGCAGUGACCGCGCGCUCUCCGCCCUCUAUCUCGAAAACGGUUCACCGUAUAAAAAAAAAGUUCAGACAAAAGUUGUAGAAAAUUUUGUAUUCCACAAUAUUGCUAUUGAAUACAACUACCAAAAACCCAUAGGAAAUGAGAUAUUUCGAAAAAACCGCGAAAAAACGAUUUUUGGGCCCUUUGACCCUGAAUUUUAAGGGUUGCUUACACCCUAUCAUAUGUAGGUUUUGAGACAAGUUUUAGGGGGUCAAUAUACAAGUGUAUACAAAAUUACAGCUGGGUAUCUCGAAUUCCGAGGUGAAUUCCUAAAUUGACUGGACUAAAUAGCUAGUAUUCGGUUUCUAAGUUCCCGAUAAUUAUGACACAGUUCCGCCCUAGUGUUACUGGGCCUAUGGGAUUGACUAUUUUGAAGCUUUGACGUAAUUUGUCGUAUGUCAAUGGCACUCCUAUACAUUGAUAUAAUAUUCGCAUAAGUACUUUCGAAUUGAAUAAUGAUCAUUUAUUGUAAAUAGCCGAAUUAUUAAUAAAUACUUUAAUUUAAUGACUGUACACAAGUUUUAUAAGUUUACUUGAACUAUUAAGGUUUUGUUUUAUUCGUGACUGUGAUGAUGAUUUAAGAGUGAAUUAUGUGAAUUUUUUAAAAAUUAAUUAAAUUAUUCUAUAUGA